AUGUUUCACUCGCCGGAGGACAUUCGGUGGUUUAAGCCGGUCGAGCUUGCAACCAAGCAUGGUCUGACAGGCCACAUCAAGGAGUCUCUGGGUACGCACGGUGAUUUCAAAGCCGUUUUCAACAAACCUAUCAAGCAGCACGACACUGUUUGUCUCCACCUAUAUAAGCGCGUUUAUCCCAAGUUUCCAACAAUGAACCCCCUGUCGAACUAG